AUGUCUGAAUCAGCUCCUUCUCGCAACAUUCUUAUCGUCGGUGCAGGCCUAGGAGGUUUAUGUGCCUCUCUUGCGCUCAAAAGAAAGGGUCAUACUGUGACAGUGAUCGAUUCGGUUUCUGAGUUUGUUGAGGCUGGCGCCGGUAUACGAAUUCCCCCAAACUCAUGCCGUCUCCUACUUCGCUGGGGAGUUGACUUGAACGGAAUCAAAAAAACCAUUUCCACAGGAUACAACUUCGUCCGCUGGGAAGACGGCUCCACAAUCGCACGGCUGCCCUUUCUGAACAACGAAGAAACACACGGGGCUCCUUAUUACCUCGUUCAUAGGGCCGACCUCCACGCUGUUUUGCUCAAAGCAGCUCUGGAUGCUGGCGUUACUGUUCAUAAGAACCAGCGGGUGGUUGAUUAUGACUUCAGUAUACCAGCGGCAAUCACUGCAGAGGGAACCUCGUGGACGGCAGAGUUGCUGAUCUGUGCUGAUGGAGUUAAAUCCAUCUCAAGACCAUUGCUUACCGGUCAACCGGACAAACCCCGCGACACAGGAGAUGUUGCAUACCGCAUUGUAAUACGUGGUGAGGAGCUUCUCAAAGACCCUGAGCUGGCAGAUUUGAUAAAUAAACCUGUGACCACCUCAUGGUGUGGACCAGACGCUCAUGUAGUGGGCUAUCCAAUUCGAGAUGGAGAACUUUACAAUGUGGUUGUUUGUGCAACCUCCCAAGGCGAGACAACUGAUGAAGUAUGGGUCGUCGAGGGGAACAAUGAGGAGCUAUGCGAGCGGUUUUCAACUUGGCAUUCUCAAUUUUAUAAGCUCUGUCAACUUGCGCCUUCAUUUCAGAAGUGGCGCCUAUGCGACUUGCCUAUACUGUCUACUUGGAUCCAUCCCUCUAAAAAAGCUAUUCUUCUGGGAGACUCAGCGCAUGUCAUGUUGCCCUACUUGGCGCAAGGUGCUGCGCAGGCGUGCGAAGAUGCGGGGACGCUGAGUCAAGUCCUCAGUCGGUACACCGACCUCUCCGAGGCGCUGAAGCAGUAUGAGAGCCUACGUCGACCACGGGCGUCGGUGAUUCAAAGCAUGACUAGACAGCACCAAUAUAUUCUUCACAUCGAGGAUGGAGACGAGCAAGUGCAGAGAGACCAGGUCAUGAAGCAGGACGCUCCUUUCAACCCUGUGUUCUGGGGUUUUACGGAGCGACGGCAUUGGCUUUUUAGUCACGAUGCAGAGGAUUUAGAAAUUCGAAAGGGUGGCGGCUGGGAAAGCCCAGCUAUACAUUGA